AUGGCGGGCACAGAGACAACGGCGGGGGACGCGCCAGCGGCGCCGAUUGCUCCUGUUGCCAUCUUCAAGAAGCGCGGCGCAAAGGGCAAAGCAAACAUCAGAAAGAGGCCGGCGACGCCACCGCCAGCGGCCGAGAGCGACGACUCGGAUUUCUCAUCGUCCGAAGACGAGGCCGGUCAAAGAAUAAAGCGCAGGAAACGCAACACCGGGGCGGUAGUCGCCUCGUCGAGAGACAAUGCCGCGUCCGGGGCCAGAGAUGCAGACCUCUCCGCCACCGUCUUCGAAGCCGACCGCAACAUCGACUUCGACAGCGGCAAGCGCGAAGCGACCAAGCAGACCAACUGGUUCGACGAAGAAGGCGACGGCGCUCUCUCCACGCGCAACCUCCUCGGCUCGACGCGGGCGAUGCCCGCCAAGAAAUCCGACAGCGACAAGGACAGCGUGCCCGACGGGACCUACAAAGGCCUCGCCAACCAGACAAGCUACAUCCAGCGCAACCCCAACGCGCCGCAGCGGACCGUGGGGCCCAUCAAGGCGCCGACCAACAUCCGGACCAUCACCAUCACCGACAUGGCGCCGGACGUGUGCAAGGACUACAAGCAGACCGGGUUCUGCGGCUUCGGGGACUCGUGCAAGUUCCUGCACGCGCGCGAGGACUACGCGCACGGGUGGCAGCUGGACAAGGAGUGGGAGAACGUGACCAAGGGGAAGAAGGUCCUGGGCGGGACGGUGGUGGCGAGCGCGGACAGGAAGCUGGCUGCUGGGGGCCAGGGGCAAGGGGACAGAGACGAGGACGAGGAAGAGGCGGCCGUGCUGGAGAACAUACCGUUCGCGUGCAUCCUCUGCAAGGGGCCGUACAAGUCGCCUAUCGUCACGAGAUGCGGGCAUUACUUCUGCGAGAGCUGCGCCUUGAAGAGAUACAGGAAGGACCCCAGCUGCGCAGCGUGCGGGGCCGGUACCAAUGGGGUGUUCAAUGCGGCUAAGAGAUUACAGAAGCUGCUGGAUAAGAAGAGGGAGAGGGCAGCCAAGAAGCGGCAGGAGGCAAUAGAAGCGGGGGAAGAAGUCAGCGAGGAGGAGGAGGAAGAGCAAUGA